AGUUGCGCAGUGAGACAGGCUAGCUGCAAUACAGAUCCUGAAGUUUCUAUAUAAGUUUGCCACACUCAAAAAGCGGGCAGGUAUGGAGAGUGAAAGUACAACUUCUUCAGCUCAGGUCAACGGUAACCUUGCACAAACUGUAGCUGACCUGUCCAAACACAUGCUAGAACUAGACGAAGAUGACGACUUGGAAGUUUUCAGUAAGGAUGCCUUAAUAAACCAGUAUAAGCUUGAAGAGCAAGACAUUAAAGAUGUGUUCAUCACAGUAGACUGCCCGGAGAACCACGUCACAUCCAUAGAGACUUUCGUUACUUACAGGGUUAUAACAAAGACAACUCGCAGUGAAUUCGACUCCAGUGAAUAUGAAGUUCGUAGGCGUUAUCAAGAUUUCCUUUGGUUGAAAGGCAAACUUGAAGAGGCACAUCCUACUUUAAUUAUAAAUCCAUUGCCAGAGAAGUUUGUGAUGAAGGGAAUGAUGGAACGAUUUAAUGAUGAUUUCAUUGAGACACGCAGAAAAGCACUUCAUAAAUUUGUGAACAGAAUUGCAGAUCAUCCUAUUCUGUCUUUUAAUGAGGACUUCAAAGUUUUUCUCACAGCUCAAGCCUGGGAGCUGGCCUCCCACAAGAAGCAGGGCCCUGGCUUGCUCAGCAGAAUGGGGGAGACUGUGCGGGCAGUCGCUGCCUCAGUCCGAGGAGUUCAGAACCGCCCAGAGGAGUUUACUGCUAUGAAUGACUAUGUGGAGACAUUCAGCCAGAAAAUGGGCAUGCUGGAUAAAAUCGCUCAGAGAAUUGUCAAAGAACAAAAGGAGUACCUGGAGGGAAUGAAGGAGUGUGGCCCUGUGUACACCCUGUGGUCAGGCUCUGAAGAUCAACUAGUGGAGCCUCUUAAAGCUAUAGCUGGCUGCAUUGACAACUGUUGCAAAGUGACAGAGGAGCAAGUGGCUGGGCUCUCUGAAAACCAAGUUCCCAUCCUACACGAGUAUGUCCUCUGUGCAGAAACCUUGAAGGCUGUACUGAGAAGACGAGACAACAUUCAAGCGGAAUACGAAUCUAAAGUUGAUGCUCUAGCCAGUAAGAAAGCAGACAAGGAAAAUCUGAAGCACACUGAUCUAAGCUUUGUGUUUGGGGGUUUCCUCGGCAAAAACACAGAAGAAGCCAAACAGCAGAAGGAGCAGAGACUUGAUUGUGAAAUGAAAGAGCUCAAGGAAGAGAUUGGAAGGCUGGAAGAUAAAGUGGAGUGUGCUAACAACACUCUGAAAGUGGACUGGGAAAGGUGGAAAAGAAACAUGCAGAGUGAUGUCAAAUCAGCAUUUGUGGACAUGGCUGACACGAAUAUGAAUUAUUACAAAAAGUGCCUUGCAAUAUGGGAGUCCUUCCUAACUUCACAGAAGACUGAUGUUCACUUGGAGAAAGACACAGAUUCCUAAAACAGCGUGAUGGUUUUCAACUGACCAAAGAAGUGUUGCAGGUUAGAUUGAUCUCCAUGAAAUCCAAAACCCUUCAUCUGCAGAGAAGCAGAAAUGCAGAAGCCUUGAUAAGAACAACAUAGUGAUAGCAUCUCAUUUAUCGACCAUGAAUCCUUCCUCCAACAGCAAGGGCACCAGAGAGACAGACCAGCAGUCUGUAAGAUGUUUUGAAUUCCAACCAUCUUCCACAAAAACUACCUGCUCCAGCAAGCAGUCAGACAUUACACCACAAACUGUAGCCAAAUAGAAGGUAUUACAGCCAAGUCAUAUACCUUGGACAGUGCAGCAAAACUCAAAACAGCACCUCUUCUAAUUCUUCAAGAUCAAAACAACUUAUAUCUUUGGCACACGGUAGUGUACCAACAACAUUUAAACAGCAAAAUGUACAACCCUAGUUUCAUCACACAAACUGAACAUACAGUGACACUUCGUCAAAAUGGUUACGCUGAUUGUAAGCUUGAACUAUUCAGGUCUGGACAUCGAAAGGAAACUCCCUCACCAGUAUGGAUCAAGAUGAAAGACAGCCAGAAGAACCCAUCUACCAAAAGAACAUGCUUCAAGUCUCUGUUAAGCAGCUGUUUAAUAACCAAUGAAAUGAAUGUGUCCAUUAAUAAAACACAAUGGUAUAGCUUUGAUCACCCUGGAAAGAAUGCUAAUGGUGUUUGGAGUGUCCAGUAUAGCUCUGACAAACUAAUGUGAUCCAUCUGCAUCUCCAUCCGUUUGCGUUUCCUUCCAUCAGAUGAUGUAGCUAUCCUUCUGCCUUGUGUUGAUGGCUGAAGUGUAAUGCUGGCUCCAGGAAUCAGCUUAUUUUGCCUCCCCAGCGCAUCACCACAUACAACGGCUGCGAUGCUGGCUCCGUGCGGUCUGCAGCGCAUCAGCAUGACAACCGUCUGGGUUGAGCUAAGUAGGGUACAUCUCUGGGGUCUUCAAGUGGGCACCUUUAGUCCUGUUUAUAGUUGACAAGCAAGCUUUACAGCUGGGUUCAUGAAAAGUAUCUCUGUGUUUAAUCAAUUCCAUUAAAUCUCAUUUAAAGGGAAAAGGAAGCCACUUUUAUAAACUGAAAGGGUAAGUUAAAUUUAAAUGGUUUUGAACACAGUAAGGUUUUUCAUGAUUGCUUUGAAUGACUGCCAAAACAUAGCAUUACUUGGAAAUACAAA